AUGGCUGGGUCAGCGACGCCCGGCGGAGGUCCUCCUCCACCGCCUGCAGGGCCGCCGACACAGAAAGUUAGCGACGUCAUAACGAGCUUCCGGCCUCAGAGGCGCUUCAAAUCUGGCGGCCAAGGCACAUCAGUCACCUCUCUCGACUUUGACGACUCGGGCGAACUGGCAAUUGUCGCGCGCGACGACGAUACCCUCCAGAUCUACAACUGCAAAGAAGGCAAGCACGCAAAGGAGCUCAAGAGCCAAAAGUACGGCGUACAUCUUGCGCGCUUUAGUCACCAUGCGCAAAGCAUCAUCUACGCGAGCACAAAGGUCGACGACACCAUCCGCUUCCUCUCCACACACGACAACUCGUACAUCCGGUACUUCAAGGGCCAUAGCGACACAGUCACCUCAAUCGCCCUAUGUCCGUCCAAAGAUGAUUUCAUAAGCUGCUCCAAAGACAACACGGUGCGGUUAUGGAACCUGCAAUCACCAAACUACGUCGGUCUGCUCAACCUGCAUGGGCCCUACCUUGCUGCCUACGAUCCUUCUGCGACCGUCAUCGCCAUCGCCUCGCCACCUACGCAGAAUGUUCUCCUCUAUGAUAUGCGCAAUUACGAUAAGCCGCCGUUCGCGACAUUCGACAUCCUGGAGAUGGAGCAGCGCUUCAUGGGAGGACAGAAGGUGGACUGGACCAAAAUUGAGUUCACCAACGAUGGCAAGAGUUUGAUUGUCGCGACAAACGGAAGCGGACACUUUGUGCUCGAUGCCUUCUCGGGCGAGUUGACGCAUUUCUGCUACCGCAAAGCUGGCUCCUCGGGACGUCUCCCACCCAGCGCCUCCACUACGAACACCGCUGGUGCCAAAUCCGAUGGUAAUACCCCGGCAAACGGACAGGGCGAUGUAUGUCUCACGCCGGAUGGCAAGUUUCUCAUUGGAGGCAGUGGAGAAGACGGACUCCUGGUCUGGGAUAUCUCCAAGCCACCGGCGCCGAAUAACAUGCUUGAGCCCAUGGAGAAGCUGCCAGGGCAGGGCAAGAGCGCAGUUGUGGGAUACAAUCCGAGGACCAAUCUGCUGGCGAGUGCGGAUAAGGAUUUGUAUCUUUGGCAGCCGGACCCUGAUCUUAUGAUCUGA